GCCUAUCUUGGCGAGCAACCGGCCUCUUCCGCUUCCUGCUGUGCUGAACACGGCGUGGGUACGAUUCCCUUGUGACCGGGCAUUGCUUCUGCAUGAUCGCCGCUGCGCUUCCAUCGGUGGAGGGAGAGAAAUUGAUCAGGUCGCUGGAGUUCGGAGGGAAAGCGGGUGGCGUGUAGCCAACAGUCUGGGGAGCCUUGGAGCCUCCCGUGGGUUCGAGACAGCAGCCCCUCCCUGAAGUGAAGCUGUUGGCAGGACUUGAGUUCCAAAGUGUAAGCACACCAAAAUGUCUGUUCUGCGGGGAAAAGGAUCAGCCCGUAAAUCCAAACAAAUUGUGAAAACAUCUUUAAACAACCCAUAUAUUCCACAAUGGUGUACACUGCCAGGAGAGGAUAUGCAUUUUGUCUUGCAGGCCUUGGAAGAAGUCAUGAAACAGAUUGGAUUUAAAAAGAUAGAGGAUCGGAAGAGAAUGAAAAGCACCUCCAGAAAAAGGCAAAAAGAGGAAGAGCGUUGCAAUCUUCCGAGCAAAUUUCACGAAGACAAAGAGACUGAUGACCCAAAAGCAUGUGGGUGGUCCGAUGUGCAAAUCAGGAACCAGCUUGCUAUUGGGAUCAAUGAAGUAACUAGAGCUUUAGAAAAAAACGAAUUGUGUCUUGUACUGGUAUGUAAAUCUGCCAAACCUGCCUUGCUAACAUCUCAUCUGAUUCCACUCAGUGCAAGUCGAGCUAUCCCAGCUGGGCAAGUUCCACGUCUCAGCGUAACAUUAGCCCCAGUGCUUGGACUAACAUCUGUGCUGGCCUUGGGGUUUAAAAGAACUGCUGAUGUGUUUGCAAAGGUACUUGAGAUCAUUAUUCCACGAAUUCCUAAUUUAGAUCUGCCAUGGAUGCAGCAUGAAAUUGAACCACUUUUAAUAAACGAUACUAAUGUUAUGACUGUUUCAGCUGCCGAAUUCACUGAUUCUACCCCAGUAGGGAGCUCUUUUAGUCACAAGCGGAAAUUAGCAGAUAACAGACCACUUGCUUCCCCUACCAUAGCUCUGCAGACACUGAAAGUUAAAAAUGUAGUUCCCAAUCCAAAAAAAUGCCGCAAGCUUCCCAAAACUAAAAAACGUAUUUCAAAGCAACAUUGAGAUUUCUUCCCUACAUUUUUGAUUUCCAUCUGCCUAAGUUAUGUAUAAUAAUGUCAUAUCACUGAAUAAAAGCAUU